UCGUUUGAUGAAUAUAUUGGAGACGAAGAUCGAUUGUUGAGAGCUACUUUUUCGGGAAAAAGUGAAAAAUUAAGCAAGGGUGAAUGGAGAGUCGAAAUGCCAUCUUUUCAAUUGCUAUUCCUCAAGCUUAGCCCUGUAGUUGACGUGAGACUAAGUUGCAGAAGCUCCGCCAAAGAUUACCCUAUUCAUAUUCCUCGCCAUGUCGCUAAAUUUCUUGACCUUCAAAUGAUGAGAUGGGAGGUGAGGGGAAUGGGCAAAGAUUUCAAGCCGCAAAUGUUCAGAAUCAGUGUAAAAGGAGCGACGUAUGCCGUUAGAACAGAAUCAGAAUCAAAAAGUGUGCUGAGAAAUCAUUUGAUUCUCGAUCUUCACAGCUUUGAUUCACCCAUACCCGCUGAUUUUCUUCAGCCAUUUGCAGAAAAGGGAUUGGAGGGAAUGAUGAAGGAAAGUAUGAGAGAUUUUACACAAAAUUUGGUUUUGGAUUACACCAAAUACAAGAAGGAGAAGCAAAGCAAGAAUGCCUAAUAUCUCUUACAUUUUUUUUAU